ACAAGCUUUGGAGACACCAAUUGCAGAUGAUCUACAAAGCAAUGUAACUGAGACAAGUGCCCAGACUUCAAUUGAAAUUAUCUCUGAAGCUAGCAGUAUCAGAGAAACAUUAGACGCUGAUGUCAGCAAUGUUUCAGGUAAUGCUGAUGGAACUUGUGAUCUUAAACAUGAUACAAGUCAGGACUCACUAGCUGUUAACCAGGAGAUUGCUGAUGCUAUCAAUGACAAGAGCAGUGUAGAAGAUGAAGUUAUGACAGAGUCCGAGCAAGUACAGGAUGCUAAAGCUGAUUGGACUGUUGUUCAAACCACUCCUGAUAGUUUUGUACACGUGACUUCUGAUGGGUCUGAUCAUAGUCUAGCUGAAAGUCCAGAACAAUCGAAUAGAAACUCUGCUCAGGAGCGGAGAGUGUAAAUAAUGAGCGAACAGAGGGCGACUCGUUGAGUGUUUCUAUACAAUCUGAUAUACUAGAGGGGUCGGCAGAGAGCUUGACAGAAAGUGAACCAAUCAAAGUUAAUAGUGGUUCAGGUUCAGUAGAGCAAGAAAAGAGUGAAGAUUUGUCAGAAAAUAUUCCUGAUACCUCCGUGGUUUCAGAUGUAAAAGAGAUUGCAGAUUCCACAGUGGAGGAAGAAGCAACAGAGAUCUCUGUAGAGUCGAGUAAUGUUAUUCAGUCUGAUGUCCGUCAAGAACAGGAAGCACCUUCUGCAGGUGAAGUAAUUACUGUACCAAAAUUUGAGCCUCCAGUUGAGACAAAAGAAGCCACUUCAGAAACCCAAGAACUGUCCUUGUUAGCGCCAAAAGCUGACAGUCCUGAAGAGGAAGAUGUUUCUAAAGCUGAUGAUAAAACUAGUCCUGAAGUGGAUACCCCAGAACAAAAGGAACUAGAAGAACAAAACAGUUCUGCAAAAAGUUCUGCAUUCCAAGACAAUCAAGAUACUGUUCUUACCAAGAGUGAGAAGAAACCUGUAGUAAAAUCAGAGCAGAAAGAACGUGUCUUGGAAAAAGUACCUCUUAAGAGUACUGAUAGCAGUAAAUCUGACCAAAAAGAAACUGAAGAAGCACUCAAUCACCUUGGUCAGGUUGUUUCAACAGUCCCUGAAAAACCGAUAAGAAAGUCCGCUUCUGGAUCUAAAAACAGAGGAGUAAAGCUAUCAUGCAGUUCAGAGAUAGUUGACAUCGAGGGAAAAGAGGUGGAUGUCCUCUCUGAAUCCGGACUAUCUACCAUGUCUUCCAGUUCUGUACAGUCCUCAAUGUCUUUACCCCUCAACCCUCUAGCCAGGUCCACAUCAUGGGCUGAUUUAGUUAGGAAGGGUAAGUCAGAUAGUCCCGUUCCAGUGGCACCUUAUAAGAACCCUUAUUCUUCUAAAUACCAAUCUACUCCUAGCAGAUAUCUUAAUCAUCGACAGGCAGGUACCACCUCUAAGUAUGGACCUAACUCAAGGAAUCAGCCAGCCUUGUCUAAAUCCAAGUCAUUGCCCAAUCAAAGAGGAUUACAAACAAACAAAAUAGUUAGAUCUAAAGAAUCUCAUGUUAAUGAGGAUGGAUGGUGCAUCUCCUCAGGUAAAAGUCGUAUUAAAACUAUUCCAAACAGCAGCAAGCAAGUGGAACCAAACACCACUGCUGCUAAACCCAGUGACGUAACCAAGUCUUCUGCUAUGUCACCUAGGCUCUCUAGAGCCAGUGCAAAGUCUGCAGGAGAUUCUUCUUCAUCAACAGCAAGGUCAAAAGCCAGUGAAACAAAAGCUAAAUCAUCGGAUGGUGCAGAAAAAACUAAAAGUUCCCGAGGUAUCAAACCGAAACCAGCAACUACCCCCUCAACUAAAAACGUGUCUGCUAAAGUCAAUUCAAAGCCGUCAGGAACCAAAUCAGCCACCUUAACUAGAGCCUCCAGGCCACUUACAGCCUCCUCCAGGGGGGCAGCUGGUAAACAAACCUCCAAUAAACGGCUGGUAAAAACCAAGUCUCUUGAAAGUAACACUAAGCUAUCUGACAACCUAAAGAUACCAGAUGCUGGCGACAUUCAGAAGGCAAUCUCUAAAAGCUCCGAAACUUUAGAAACCCCCUCUGCAAAGGACAAGAAAGAUAUUAGAGAUGACAAAGAAGUUGUCUCAGAGGAAAAAGAAUCAGUUAUUUCAAGUGCUCCGCAGGAGGAUACUCCUGAUACAAGCGAUCUUUCAUCAGAUGCUAAUGAAGCAUCCUCGUCAUCCAACGACAAAAGUGAGCCCUUGUCGGUAUCUGAAGCAGAUGACUCCAGUGCCCUUGUGUUAGAAUCAGCUGAUGAUACUGAUGCAGAGAGCUCCAAGAUAUCAUCUGAAAGUAAGUCCAUCCAGACUGAUGCUUCAGAGCAUACUUUUGAGGAUCACGUGGAGAUAUUUGCUGUUCCUGCUUCGUCCAUGUAUCCCAAAAUGGAGGAAGAAGACAACUGUAACAUUUACCGGGUUAUGAUAUCCAAGAGAAAGAGACAGAUUAGUGAACAAAGUUCAGUUAGCACAGAUACAUUGGAUGAUGAGGACCACAGUUGCUUGUCCCCGGGUCGUUCCCCGGGGAGGUCCCCCAGUAGUCGCUCUUCAGGGGGCGGGCGCUCACCUGGUAAAGCGCCGCAGCUGCACCAGCGCCUCAGCUCCCCCAGCAGGAAGCGCAACACUACUGACGCAGUGCUCAAGAACUACACUGAGCGACUGGCUAAAGCUCAAGUGCAACGAGAUAAGAUCCAGGAGGAGAAGGCUAAUAAACUGAAGAAGAUAAAGAUAAAAGAAGAACAGAUAAAGGAUCUUCAAGAGCAGCAAGAGAAAGAGCGUUUCGCACGUGCAAUUUCACACGCUGAAAAGCUGGCACGUGCUGAACAACUUAGAGAUAAAAAGAUAGCGGAAGUCAAGAGAAAGGCGCAAGAAGAGGACCAGAAAGUGAACGAGAUAGUUUUUAUAAACACGCUGGAAGCACAGAACAGGAAGAUGGAGCUACUUUCCAAGGAACAAGUCGCAGAGUCUAAAAGACUAGAGUUGCAGGAAGAGCGUAAGAGAAGGUCAGAAGAACUCCAAGCAAAGGAAGAUGCAGUUCAAGAAAGAAAGCAAGCGAUUGAGGCGGACAGACUGGCAAGAAUUGCGCACAUUGAAGAUAAAAUCAAGGAAUCUCAAGCUAAAGUUGACCUAAACAAGCUAGGGAUGGAAACAGCGGCUAAGGAGGCUGCCAAAGAGAGAGCCUUUGAGCGAGAAGUAACUAUCGAACUGGUGAAGAGUGAUAGGAAUAACAACGACAGAAACAGCAGUACUGACAACAAACCUAGUAAAACCAAAAAUCGAAAGGAGACGUCCAAGUUAAAAGAAAUGCAGCAGAAAGCAGCUAUGUUGUGCCAGCACGUGUCCUCGGAAUACCUCCCAACUCACACCCUAUAUCAACCUCCUAAAUGGUGCUCAAAGUGUAAUAUCAAGAUCGUAUCUGAGGCUGUUCUCAUGUCUCACAUGAUAAAACGCCAUCAGAAGUCCAGUCAAGAUGAGGCUGAGGUUGAAAGCCAGCACAUAGUUGACUACACAGAUGAACUGUGUCCAAUGGCACAGGAUGUCAUCAACCGACAGAAGAUGUUGAGGAAGCGGUCUAAGAAAGUUAAAACUAGAAUAACCAACAAGAUUUCUGAGUUACCCACAGUAAAGCUUCUAGAGCCCCCUAAAGACUGUCCCAACAAGAACAGACUCUACAAAUGCAUUAAAGCCAUGAAGAACCAGAAAACUCAGGAGAAGGGACUGGGAGAUUUGAGUAGAACCGUCCUCACUAAAACAGACAUUAAUCAUCUCAUAGAUAAAGGGGUGGUCGAACAGCUGUGCACGAUGUUACCGGAGCGACAACACCUUGCUUCUUUAUCAAAACUUCUUUUGCAAUCCUCACUUUUAUCUAGCACAGGAAGUCAGAUCUGUGUAAGAUCUUUACCAGAUAUAGUUGACUGUCUGCACGCCCACGCUAGCGUAACCACUCCUGCUGUUUACUCAGAUCUACUUAAACUUACCUCCACUCUCAUUAGAACCCUUACUCCUUGUGAUAGUUUAACUAGUGAUCUGAUAAGCUACAUUGUCUCUAAAGAGAUAAUAGAACAGAUACAGAGGACCUGUACGGAUACUUACAACUACCAGUUGAAAGAUGAUAACGGAUGUUCGGUGUUGCUGAGUUCACUGCAACUACUUUCUGCUUGUUGUAUUGCCAUGACAACCCCUAAUGCUGCUAUCUCAAUCUCCCCCACUAAGAACGACCCUUCACAGCUUGUAGAUUCUCUCGUGUUCACAAAAGCAUGUAACAUAGUGACACUACUGUACGGCGUGCUGUUGUACGAAGGACCGCGCCGCGCACCGCCCCCCCUCUCUGACAUGAAGCGCUGUGUAGUUAAACAGUGUCUGGGAACUCUGCUGGAUAUAUCCCGCUUCUCUCUUCACACUCUGCAGACAGUUAUGGACAGUGAAGGAAUGUCCCUAGAGCUCCGCCACGUGUGCAGUUUCGUGCUGUCCUGCGCUUCUCACCACACCUACACUGAUAUACUGGACCUGUGUGUGCAACUCAUAGGAUUCGUAGUCUUCUCUCACCCCUCUAACCAGGCGCUAUUACAAAAUGGACCCUCGCCCUCAAUUUUACAGCUCCUCUCUUCUCUUCCCUUCUCCUACUUCUCAGAUAUCAGGUCAAUGAAUCUUUUGUUUCCAAGUCUCAUAUCAGCGUGUCACGACUGUCCUUCUAAUUUGGCAAUUCUCCAACUGAAAGUUAACAAAGUUAUGCUCAUAUCGUAUCUUAAGGAACAACUAAAGAGUUCCAAAGAAAAACACAUAAACUUCUACCCUCGCUCCGUCUUCCAACAAGCACUCAAAUUCCUAGAAACACCAGACGUUGAAGUCACGUGACGACCUCGUGAAAUUACGUGGUUAUCGUCAUGACAACGCCACGUCACAACACCACGUCACGUGAGAAUCGUCAUAGCAACGCUAUUCUGCAGGUUUGAUGGAACAUCUCAUUGUAUACUGAUGGAGCCCGGACUAUAGAACUCACUGAGCAGGGCUAGGUUUUGUGGGGACUAACCACAAUGCAAAUAUGUUAACCACAAUGUGUUUAACACAAUGUGUUUAUCACAAUGUGAUUAACCACAUUGGUUAAACACAAUGUGUUUAUCACAAUGUGAUUAACCACAUUGGUUAAACACAAUGUGUCAACCACAAUGUGAUAACCACAAUGUGUUAACCACAAUGUAUUAACCACAAUGUGUUAACCACAAUGUGUUAACCACAAUGUGUUAACCACAAUGUGUAGACCUUAGUCUAUAAUUAACUGACGAGCUUAGAUUUGGACAAUAAUGCUACAAUUUGCUUUAGGAUAGGUGCUAAUUAUUGACCAGUUGUCACUGAAGUGAUUUGGAUGUUAGGUACCAAAGUAACACAACUUAUUUAGGGUAUGAGAGACUGAAAGUUUGAUCACCUAAUAAUGUAAAACAUUUCGAAAUUGCUGCACGAUUAUUUGAUUACCUGAACUCUGAUUAGAAAACUAGUGAAAUUACUUAAAACUUGGUACUUGGUGUGUAAAUAAUUGAUAUAAUAAGAAACACACGCGAUUUCUUGUCGCUCUGCAUGUUCAGUGGUAAAUGUGAAAAUAGAUAAAAUGUUGAUAACUUAUAAUAAUAUUUAUUUAUUUUGUACGAUUGCUAUGGUAAUAGGUGCUAUGUAUCUUUAAUACGUAUUUGUAACUAAAUUGAAUUCGGUUAUCGCAAUUUGCUAAGUUCGUUUCUUACUUUUUUGAUUAGAUUAAUAAUCGGGGUGUGAUAAAACUUGAUAUAACCAAGAACAAUUAUAAGUACAUACUAACAAAGCAUAUUAAUUAAUUAAUUAUUUCAUUAAUUAAUUAAUACUAACAAAGCAAUGCAUAUAUUAAUUUUUAACGGUUAAAAUAACAGUACCGUUUCACCUCUCGUUAGAGAAAUACAAAUUUCUUUAAAAUUAUUUUC